AUGACACUUGUAUAGACGUCACUUUGGCCCAUUCACUCGUGCAUUGUUUACAUUUUUUCAGUCUUUUCCGCUUGUAUACAGCAAAUUUUCUUUUUCACCAUAAAAUAACUUGAUAAAUUCCAGAAAAAUAGUGACGAACCACAGGGUCUUCCGUAGAAAAAGUGAUUUUUUUCGAGGAAAACUGUGAUUUUUCAGCACGAUGACUUCAACAGUGGCAACCGAUCAAGAGGACGACCGAUACGAGACGGAAGAAUUUUUGGUGUAUGUGGAUUUGGACACAAAACUGCUGGACGAUCAACUAUCCAAAUCAAGUACCAAAAUAAAAUUCCUCGGCAUUGACACCGAAAAUCCAAUUAUGCAACUGAACAACCAACUAUUCAAAGGUGAAUACGAAUACUCAAUGGGAACGCAUUGUUUUUUCUCCGAAAGCAAGCGGCCAGGUGGUAUUGAAGAUGCAUGCUUCAAAGAAAUGCCAUCCAAAUUGUAUGAUUAUUUCGCUAAAACCAACAAGGUCUUAAAAAUGAAGCGAAUUUUCGUCGAAGAAAAAGAGUCGGAAGGUAGUGCGGAAUUGGCCGAAGGUGAAAUUGAAGAUUUUGAACAUUUACGUAUUUCAAAAACAUACGCCGAAGCAUUGAAUCAAUUUUUAAAACCCGGCGAACAACCGCCACGCGAUUUGUCACAAGAACAAGCCGAACAAGAUGUAAUGGCCGAACGUGAAGAGGAUCAAACCGACGAAGAGGAUGAACAUCGAAUGGAGGUUGAGGAAAUUAGACAAGAUAUUGGAGCCAAUGCCGAAAGUACCGAUGAACGAUCCGAGGAUCGAACAACAGAAGACAGCGAAAAUACAAAAAUUUUGAAAAUUGAAAAGCACGCACAUGCGGAAUUCGAACGAUUGACUCAUCUAGAAAAUAGCCCGAGAAAAUAACCACAAAUAGACCGAAAAGGAUUAGAUUUAUAUUUUAAACUUUAUUUAAAAUAAG